UAUGCGCGAUGUGACGAUUGUAUUCUCGGUAUUCCUCACAAUACAUCGACAGUGUCUCAUCUCCUCUCCCUACAUAUUUUUCUAAAUAAUCUUCAAUCCCCGGAGCAUUCACCCCGAGAGCCCUCCCUCAACGGCAAUAACUCGACGAACCCCUGUGCUGUCAUGAGCAAUUGUUGACUGAAUAAACAAUUUUAUAAAAAUCUCCAGUGUUGACACGAAAAAGAUUUUGGUAAAUAAAAUAAAACAUGGAGAUGAGUGAUAGUGAGUGCUGAAGGUCCUGGGAUUUUCCUGGUUUAGUGGAGGUCUCGUCAGGGUUAUGAACGAGGGGUCCAGGAUCUUUGUUUUUGGGACUUAUUUUGUGAGUGUUGGGGCCUGCAGUCAGAGCUAUUGUCAUCGCCAAUACAAUGUCGGAGACGUGUAAGGAGUGUGGUUGUGUCUGUGCGAGAUGCACGACGAAUGAGCACAGACACAGUGACGUUCAUCUCCAUGCGGAAAUUGAACACCUGAGGCAGAGCUUGAUGGAGAAAGACAGUCACAUUGUUAAGAUGGAGACCCAAUUUUUUAAUGAAGCUGAUAAAUUUCCUAAUGGCGAAUUGGCAUCUAUGAGGGAGGAACUACGCACGUGGGAGGACAAGUACUCGAGACUCUACGAGGCACACAAGAGAGUGCAGAAGGUUAAUCAAAAUCUUGAGGACAAGUUGUUGAGGAUUGUGGAUAAAUGUGAGACUGAAAAAGGUGCCUUCACCAAGGAUAUUGCCACACUGUCACAUCGACUGGCUGAUGCUAAUUACAGGAUUCAUCGAUUAUCGCAGGAUAAUGCGGAAUAUCGUAACGACGUGACACUGGCGAUUCAGUUGCUGCAGUGCAAGCCCUCCAACUUUGUGGGCCAGAAAUACGACUCCUUACCAACCGAAGUCCAAGCCAAAGUGAAGACCUACAUCGCCCAGAAGCGAAGAUCGAGUGACGUCUCUCCACCGGACGUGAAAAGCAUAACAGUGCCAAUAUCCACUUUUCCCCCGACAGCGAUGGUAUACAACAUCAGCAAGCCGAGCCCCAUCGACAAGUACAGCGAUGACGAGAGUGAUGAUGGCAAACCUCCCGUGGACAUAGUAUCAGCCUCGAUAAUGGCGAAAGUCCUGGAGGAUCGGGAGAAGGAGAGAAUUUUUGCGAAGCACUGUGACACAUGUGUCUGCCACAAGACCAUCCUCAUGGUGGACUCUGAGUGUCAAACGACACUAGUGUUCACCGAGGAAAGCUACAAGAAGCCGUCGUUAAACGGCUACACGAGUCUACGUCAAGUCCAGCCCCAAAAACCGAGCCAACUUCCCCAGGGUUCAGUUCAAGCGAAAAUUCUCCUCGAGAGAUCCCAAAAAUCCAUCACGAACAAAUCAAAACAGCCGAACAAAUCGAAAAAACUUGACCUCCCGGAGAUGAAGCCCCAGGCGACAUCACCAAUGGUGACGAGACGAGCGGAGAAUCUCGACGUGACCAAUGCCAAUCCCAUACAGACUCCAGUGGACAUAAUAAAUGACAGAAUUUGGAAGAACACGUGGUCCAACAAGACGAAACUGUCUUCCAACAGGUCUGAAGACCCUUCGAAGUCCCCCAGGUGCAAUCGUCCAGGGGAGAUUGACCUGGACGUGAUAAACGAGAGAAUCUGGAAGAAGAAUUCACCGAACAACAAUCAACAUCAGAAUGUGACGUUGAUAGAAGUGACAAAUGCUGUGAACCUUAAUCAGACAGUCAGUCAGUCUCCAGGGGUUGCUGCGAGUCCCAGUUUCAGUAGUGAUAGUUCAGCGGUGAUGAUCUCGAGUUCAGAGCCUUCGAGCAGCUCCAGUGACCUCAUUCAGUCGAAGGGCGACAAGAGGAGAAUUUUUAAUGGCAACACGACGAACAAUACAGCGAGAAACUGCCUCAUGAGGGUCAGUCAGGCAUCAAAGAACAUUCUCCUGGACAAUGCCAGGGGUAACUACCAGACGGUGGUCUACACUAGCCCUGAGAGUCUCAGUGGGAGUCCCAAUGCCAGUAAUUUAUCGAAUACAACAGCUCUAGUUCAUAAUAAUGCAUUGAAGAGUCGAUCACUGUCGACUAGUAGUGACGAGGCAUUUCCUAUUCUUCCUAAUGACUCGCCCACGCAACUCCAUAGUGCCCAGAGGGUGGCUGAGUGGGUACAGUCAUCUGUAACUAGUUCACAGGGUAAAAAGGGUGGUGAGGGGGUGGGAAACAAGGGGCACACGUUGAUCAAUAUGCCGGGGUUUGGGGAUAAGUUCAAUGGAGACGAUAGGAAAUCAAGUGUAGGAAUGGUGCAGGGAACCAAUAGUUUACGUUCACUUAGCUUCAAUAACAGUGGAACUGAUAGAAUUGAUGAUCAGAGGAUUGAAAUACCGGAGAAAUUGGAGGAUGAUUCGACGCAGAUCAAAGAUCUCAUCUCAUUUGAUUCGAAUAAUGAGGAGGAGGGGGAGGAGGAGAUAAAGGCUGAUGGGGACUAUCAGGAGAUUAAAAUUACCAAGGAAAUGGAAGAAACUUAUCUCAAACUCGCUGCCAGUCUUGAUCCAGUAUCGUUGAGUCUUUCUACUUGUGUCAAUCCAGAUAUCACUAUUGAGAAGUAUAGGAAGGAUGUCAAAAGGCUUCAGCCGAUGAAGAUGAUUGAUAAAACUGGUGGGGCAUAGCGAGUGUGAGGGGACAAUCGAAAUUGUUUUCUUUCGUUUUCUGUUGCUUGGGGGCUUUUGGAAUUAGGUAUGAAUGGAAUUUCUGGGGAGUAGAGUCAGGAUACAGGACAGGUUUGAGGUAUAUUCGUGGACAAUUUCAGGGAAACGCUAGCCCUGGUGAAUAAAUUUGAUGAUGAUCCAUAAAUUUGAUUGUGGUAAAUGUAAAACCAUUGUGUAAAAUCUUGUUUCUGGGGAUAUACCUUAAAUGAUCAUAUUUCUGAUGGAUAUUCAUGACAAACUGAUCAGAAUAGAUGAAGUUUUUAAUCAGUUUCAUGGCGCCGAGGGUGUUUGUCUAUCAGGGAAGAAAUCGUGAUAAAAAUAGAAGAAAAUAUACGAAUAGAUUUCAUGUUAGGAUUAAAUUAGUGGAGUCUCAAACUCCUUCAGAAAAGUCGUUCAUGAGAAAAAGUGAAAAACAAAAUAACAUGUGUGCUCAUGGGAAAAACAGAUUGUAGCACCCUUUGAAGUGGUGAUAAGAAUCUGAAAUUUCAUAAGCGUAACGGGGAGAUAUUGGAUCUUUCCUGAUUAAUUUUCAAGUGCUUCGGGAGGCUCGUUAUUUUUAGAUAAAUUAUUUCACUGUGGGAAUUUACACGGAGAAAAAUGACCAAACAUGUUAUAUAAUUCUAGACCAAUCAAUUUCUCGGAUUUUUGUCCUCUGUCUUGGGGGGGAAAAUAACUGAAAACUGAAUUUUUGGCCGAUGAAUUAGAAAAAUGUGAGAAUCGUGAGGGUAAUUUGUAUCCAGACUGAUAAAUUGAUCUUUAACGUUGUCAAAAAUUAAUAAAUACGGUUGCACAAUUUUUUUUUGUUGAAAAAACUGAUGAAAUAUAGAAAAUUUUAUGAAAACAUUA